AUGAUUGCCCAACGCUCUGUUUCCCACCUCCCAUCGUCUAUUCCAUCUGCCGUAUCUUCCGACACUGAUACCGAUGUAGAGGGAUUUGCGGUAGCUGCUGAGGGCAUUGAGGCGGGUGAAGAUGUGGAUGAACGAUGGGUAGUUUCUUCCCAGUUAGCAUCCUUCAAGAAUGGCAAGCCAACACGAGGUGGCAGGAGCGUUUGUCCUCCUAAAGCACAUCACGAUAUCCUCAACCUCCACCAUUUUAUGCACAAUGACUCUGCAAGCGAGAGAGUCAAAGUGCUUGGUGAAAGUGUCGAUCACGACGACACACUCCUCGAUACAGCUCGAUCCACAACCCGUGAAACACGGAUCAUUGCCCUGGCCAAAAAAGUACGGGGAUUGAACCUUGCACUCGAAAGGGAACGUUCCCGCACUUCUGCUCUCAAUGCUAGAAUCAAGCAACUAGAAGAAGAUGCCACGCCGAACGUUGUCAAACCAGUAAACGACGACACAGAGAGGUCAAAUAUGCAAAUCAAGGCAUUGAAAGAUAAAUUGUCACAGACAACCCGUAAGCUCGAAGAAGAACGAACCCAAAAUCAAAACCUCCGAUCUGAGAAUCGUCUGCUCACCAAGGCAUUGAAGCAGGAGGUUGGCGACAGUGUGCCGUUGAACAAGGUUCUUGAGGAGGGGAGUGGAUGGAAGGGACGUGCACAGCAGAUUCUGGUUCUGAAGGCCAAACUUUCGGAAACAUCCCAUACAACACCGCCACCCCAACCCACUACCAACAACAUUCGCAAACUCGAAACAUCCCGCCGUGCAGCCCAGGACAAAGUUCAAAAGGAAUUGGAAACCCUCCGAGGAGAGCAUGCGAGCCUUGUCAAAAAAGUGGAGGCAUUACUAGCUAGGAACCGAACACUCGAAAAAGCAAACCAAACCCUCAAGACUACGCUAUCCACCCUCCUACAGAAAACAUCAUCAUCCUCCAAACUCGUCUCAGUGCUUCAAACCAAAGUAGCGAGUCUCCAGGCCAAACGAGACCAACAGCCAGAUCAAGAACUUUUAUCUGUUAUUGAAGCCAAGGACAAACGCAUUCGAGAACAAGCUGAACAGAUCAAUAACCUACGGGACGCUUCAUCUGCCAUUCUCACCACCCCCAUACCAACAUCCCAACACAGCGCGGCAUCCCCAGUCGUCCACGAUAUCACCAUCACAAGCCUCCAAGCAACCCUCAAAAACCUCUCUGCUGAAAAUAAACAAUUAAAAACCUUACAAGAGGAUACAAAGGCCCGAUUGGCGCAUGUGGAAGAGAAAAUGUGUCGAAUGGAAGCACAAUUGAAACGAGCGAACCGCAAGAAUGGCGAACAAAAAAAGACUGAGGAGACGGACAUGGAUCGUUUGGCUUCCAAGCUCGAUCUUCUUCGUGAUGAAAACGAGGGACUUAAGACAACCCUCGAGUCGACACGUACACAACACACCCAAGAAACAAACGCACUUUACAACCUCCUUGCACAAACUCGACAAGCCUUUGCGAGCGAUGUAGAAAAAAUUGUAAAAUAUGUACAGGAUGAAAUUGAGUAAAAUAAUCGUGCAUAAUAGGAAUACCCCAUCCCG